UAUCCAAAAUGUGUUAGCCAAUCAAACUGCAUUUUCCCCUCUCCCUCCAUUUUUAUUUCCACUUUUACAACAAAUCACAAAACAAAGUAACAAACAUAUGAACUAAAUUCACUUAUUUUCUUAAUUUUUUGUCUAACAAUUUAUCUCAAAUUCAAAUGUGAAUUUACUUCAAUGUUGAACCCUUCUCUUUCCCUGUCUGAAAAAUCUCACCACUUCUCCAUUUUUAAGAAUCCAAUCUCAGAUUCCACUAGAUUUUCUUCUACUCAAAAUGCUUUUUUUAGAGGACAAUUUCAUGUCAAAUACUUAGCUCCUUUUAAGCUGAACCGGGUCCGAAGCAAAUAUUCAGGUUUUGUGGUAUCACCAAGCUGUGUGUUGCCAUUAACUGAGGAGAAUGUAGAGAAGGUUUUAGAGCAGGUGAGACCUGGUCUGAUGGCUGAUGGAGGCAAUGUAGUUUUACAUGAGAUAGAUGGUCUUGUAGUUGUUUUAAAGCUUCAAGGAGCUUGUGGAUCAUGUCCAAGUUCUACCAUGACAUUGAAGAUGGGUAUUGAAACUCGAUUACGGGAUAAAAUACCGGAAAUCAUGGCCGUGGAGCAGAUUUUGGAUACUGAAACCGGACUCGAGCUGAAUGAGGAAAACAUCGAAAAGGUUCUUGCCGAGAUUAGACCGUAUCUAGCCGGAACAGGAGGAGGAGUACUGGAGCUUGUUCAGAUUAAUGAUUACGUUGUCAAGGUUAGACUUAGCGGACCUGCAGCCGGGGUUACGACUGUUCGUGUUGCUCUUACACAAAAGUUGAGAGAUAAGAUACCUGCCAUUGCAGCUGUUCAACUUAUAGAAUGAAUCAUCAACCAGAGGAUACAGCCUCUGCUUGUAUCUAGAGUUCUGCAUAAACCGAACCAAACUGAUAAAUUCGAUUCCGUUUUGUUUGACACUACAAAAAAUUUCCAAUUUUUUUAUGCGGUUUGGUUUUGGACAUGAAAAAUUUCAGUUAAGUUGUAGUACAAAAGGAACCAAACCAAAUUGUUCGAUUGGAAAAUUUUGAUAUCCUUAUAAAUUCGAUUCUGUUUGAUUAAAAAACUAAAAUUAUGGUUCAAUUCGAAA